CAGGUGCACGCAUUACUCGGUCUUUUUGUUUAUGGAGCAUAAAGUAUAUACGAAAAGUAUAUUAGUGUAGUUUGGCAGGCUCUCUCCCAGAAUAGAUCGCUUUCUUAGUGCACUAUGACGUUCAUCGCUGUCUUCAUACUUGGAGCUUCAUUUUUUCUUGAGUCGACCUCGGCAACUGACACCAGCUGUUUUAACCUCACCAUUUCAAACGUUCUGGGAAUCGGCGAGUGUUUGGGAACUGCUGGCAACGUCUGCACUGAGGAUACCGAUGGCGUUGCCGGCCUGGUUAGUGCGUUAUUGGUGUGCGCUGUUAACGGGAUCUCGGACCUCAACCUGGGCUCGCAGCUGUAUCUUAUCGAAGGAGCGCUAACUUUUCUCUUGGAAAGAGCUGGACUGGGACUUCUUGCCGAUGCGAUUCAGGGGUUGUGUAAACUAAGUUUACUUGACUGCUCUGGCUUUUCUCUGGACAACCAAGCCAUUUGCGCAGAGCCGAUUGUGCUUAAUUUUCCAACAGCUCUUGGACUCGGAAAAUGUGUAGGCGAUAUGGCUGAAGUCUGCAUAGAAGGAAAUCCAGCAACCGACACUCUGGUUAAGUCGAUUUUCGAUUUUCUUACGUGCACGGUUGAAAACGUCUUUUCCUACAACGUCGGAUCCCUUCUUACGGACCUGGUCUGCAGCCUGUUGAACAUUAUUCUGAGAGACCUUGGACAACUGAGUGGACCAUUUCAAGUUGUAGUAAAUACUAUCAAAACUGUUCUUGGAUUGAGAUGCUGAAGCUCAAGUGACACGCGAGAAUUUAAGAUGAAGCCGUCAAGGACCACGACCGU